AUGCCCACCCGAAGAAACACUUUUUCUCUACCAUACUCUGGAGACGCCCCCAAAAAACUCGUCAAUCCAAACCUGGCAGUUUUCCACUCUCGACGUAACUCGAACGGCUCUUCGGAUUCACAACGACUGCUGGACCAUAGGGACGAAGGUGUCACCACAUCCACACCUGGAGGUAUCUCUGGACGAAAAAAGAAGCUGAAGAAGAUGAGCUCCCAGUCCGCCAUCAACAAGGGCACACCCCCGAAGCCCUCCUCGUCGGCAAACCAGCCCCGAGAGUCAUCGCAGCUGAGAGCAGAGCAUACCAACUACAACUCUUUCCGACGUCGGCUCUCAUCACAACAGUACCUGCGACCACGACGAGUGUCGGAUUCUGUAGUUGCAGAUGACGACGAGGAAUUAUCUCCUCUCAUGUAUACUGAUUGGGAUAACGACUUUGAUCAUUAUGAUUUGCACAGUGACUUCGAGGGCGACUCCGACCUCAACUCAGAGCCUUCAUCACGACGAAACUCGGACGCUUCGUCUCUCGACGAUGUUUGUAUGUUUCCUCCCGGCUCCGAGGAACAUCAUGAUGACAAGCCUAAGGUGUGGCCCGAGCUAAGCUACCUCGAGGAGUUUGCAGAGCAAGAGCGCAAGGAAGAUGAUGAGACAAGCUCUAUCGGCAUCGUCAACGAGGUAUCAGUGUCGGGUCCCCUAAGACCCAAGCGAGUUGUGCCAUGGAAGCGAGGCAUCAAGCGGCAGGAUUCUGGUAUUGGUACUGACUUCCAAUUUCGAUUCACGUAUUUCCGUGAAGAUCUUGAGGCGACCAUUCAUUCGCAGAGCAUUUCGGGAUUGGUCAAGGGUGGCCAAUCGUUUGCGGACCUGUUUCCUGAACGUGUUGAGGUGGAGGGCAGUGACAAGCACGAAAAGUUCAUUCCCACUGAACGAAACUCAGUACCGACAAGAGCAUCUACGCCAACUCCUGGAGACAGAAGUGGAAACGAAGGUAGAUCAUCUUCCAAAGACGCACCUCGGGAUUUGGUACUUUCGAAAGUCCAGAGUCAGCACACAGGUUCAAGUGGAGACAGGGAGAGGGGAAACAGUGUCGGUGACCGAGGAGAAAAGACACCCCGAGAUCACAACGGUAGCAUUAGUGGUCAGAGCUCCCACACAACUACGGGACCUGCCGCGCAUGCCACUCCUGAGCCCUCCGAUACUCCCUUCUGGCUGGAUGUGCUCAACCCCACUGAGGAAGAGAUGAAGGUCUUGUCGAAGGCAUUCGGUAUCCAUCCACUCACAACCGAGGAUAUUUUCUUGGGUGAAACUCGCGAGAAGGUGGAGCUCUUCAGAAACUACUAUCUCAUUUGUUUCCGAUCGUUUGAUGUUUUGCGAACUAAGAAGAAAGGUAGCAGCAUCUCAUCGAAGGCGUCGAAGAAACGGGCCCACAAGCACAAUCGACAGCUCAAACCUCUGAAUAUGUAUAUCAUCGUGUUCCACUUUGGUGUGCUGACGUUCCAUUUUCUGCCUACAGUUCAUCCCGUUAAUGUGCGUCGACGUGCACGGCUCCUGCGUGAUUACCUCACUGUUUCCUCAGACUGGAUUUCGUAUGCCAUUAUCGAUGACAUCACGGAUGCCUUCCAGCCCAUGAUCGAUUCGAUCCAGGAAGAAGUGGAUGAUAUUGAAAACGAUAUUCUCAAACUCCAUGCAGGUGCGGAUUCUUCCGAUGAUGAGGAGACUGAAUUCUACACCUACGAAGAUGAGCUUGACAGGCGACAGAGGCGUGGGUUCGGUGGUAUCGCCGACGACUUGCGUUCUCUCUCUUCCAUGUCAUCCACGACCACAACCUCUACCAUUCGACUGAAAAAUAAGGGUGAUAAUCUGUACCGAAUUGGAGAGACCCGAAAGAAGGUCAUGUCCUUGUCUCGGCUUCUUGGAAACAAAGCUGAUGUGAUCAAGGGCUUCGCGAAGCGGUGCAAUGAGCAAUGGCAGGUUGCACCCCGAAGUGAAAUCGGCCUUUAUCUGGGCGAUAUUCAGGACCAUAUCGUGACUAUGGUUCAGUCUGUCAACCAUUUCGAAAAGAUUCUUGCUCGAGCGCAUUCCAACUGUCUGGCCCAAGUCAAUAUCGAUAUGACGAAGAUCAACAACGAUACAAACGAUGUACUGGGUAAGAUUACUGUCCUCGGUACUAUUGUGCUUCCGAUGAACAUUGUCACCGGUCUAUGGGGUAUGAACGUCAUUGUUCCUGGACAAGAACAUAAAGGCACCGUUUGGUUCUGGGGAAUCACGGCAUCGCUGUUUUUCUUUGCUAUCGCCUCCUACUGGGGGGCCAAGAGAGUUUAUGGGGUCUAA